AAGAAAUGUAUCUCCGUAUAUUUAGAGAGAGAAACUCGGGAGAAGAAGAUGGAGAUGGGGAGAUUCACAUAUAUAUACAGCGCGGUCCCCAAAUUUAACGCCGCUUGAGAUAGAGAUAGAGAUAGAGAGAGAAAUCAGAGUGCCGGCGGCAAUGGGAGACUCGUGCGGCUCUGUGUCGGUGGACAUUGAUACCAUCUCCGUCGCCGGAAAGGAGCAUAUUGUUAAAACUGGCAACGGUUCCAUCUCUGUAACUGUUUUUGGAGACCCAGACAAGCCUGCUCUUAUUACUUAUCCUGAUCUGGCUUUGAAUUAUAUGUCAUGUUUCCAAGGGUUGUUCUAUUGUCCAGAAGCAUUUUCUUUGCUACUGCAUAAUUUCUGUAUAUACCACAUAAGUCCUCCUGGACAUGAGUUAGGAGCUGCAGAAAUUAGUCCUGAAGAGCCAGUAUUAUCUGUAGAUGAUUUAGCAGACCAGAUUGCAGAGGUUCUAGAUUACUUCAGACUCGGUGCAGUUAUGUGUAUGGGAGUUACUGCUGGAGCUUAUGUUCUUACUCUGUUUGCAAUUAAAUACACAAAACGUGUUAUGGGUCUGAUUCUUAUUUCUCCUCUGUGCAAAUCACCCUCAUGGACAGAAUGGCUAUGUAAUAAGGUUAUGUCAAAUCUGCUGUACUUCUGUGGCAUGUGUAGUUUCAUUAAGGAAUUACUGCUCAUGCGGUACUUUAGCAAGGAGGUUCGAGGUAGUGUAGAAGUACCUGAAUCAGAUGUAGUUCAGGCAUGCAGAAGAUUGCUUGGUGAGAGACAAAGCCCAAAUGUCUGGCGGUUUCUAGAAGCUAUCAAUGAGAGACCAGACAUCACAGAAGGCCUACGGAAAUUGAAUUGCCGUUCAUUAAUAUUUGUUGGGGAAAAUUCUCCUUUCCAUUUGGAGGCUCUCCAUAUGACUUCAAAGCUUGAUAGAAGGUUCAGUGCCUUAGUCGAGGUUCAAGCAUGCGGCUCAAUGGUAACUGAAGAGCAACCUGACGCGAUGUUGAUACCAAUCGAGUAUUUCCUCAUGGGGUUGGGCUUUUACAGGCCAUCACAUUUCAAUGUAAGCCCAAGAAGCCCAUUGAGCCCUACUAGCCUCUCCCCCGAGCUCUUCUCACCCGAAAGCAUGGGCGUGAAGUUGAAACCUAUUAAAACAAGAAUUUCAAUAGAGGUCUGAGAAAGGCAGGGAUGAUGAUUUUGUGUAAGAUAUGUGUAGCAAAAAACAUCCAGAAUUGGUUUGAAGUCAGGGUAGACAGAGGGUUACAGGUGGGAUUGUAGAUAUUGGGAAUGGAUAUAGAAGGUGAGAGAAAUCAUAGAAAAGAAUAAGUUCUUUUUUUAUUUUUUUACAUUUUACAUUCCAAUCUAUAUUUUCAGUAGUCAUAUUUUUAGUCCUGAUGUACAUGGGUACAUGACCGAAUAAAAAUUUAUUAUUUUUUUAUAUUAAUGAUGAUUAUAUUGAUGAUGAUGAUAAAUAUAAUAUCACGAUGACUUUAUCGGGUCACGAUUCC